CUGAACGGCUGUGGCUUUGCGAAAACGUUUCAAAUGUACUAUCUAACAGCAAAAUAGAGUCUCUGUUUUGUGUCUUUCUAAAACCCAUGAGUGUUAUCUGAAGUGAAGAUUGAAGACGUGAUAGAAGAUGGACGACUACUGCUAUGCUAAGAUGGCGACGCCCGCUAAAAGAGAACAUGAAAGAGAAUCAGCGCCACCAACUUCCAGCAAAUCACCAACGGAGAUAAAGACGAAAGAUGAAGAUGUCCGGCAUCAUCCUGAAGGACUUCCGCUACAGCUGCAGGGGGGAAGCUGUACUUUGAAGCCAGAAGCUUCGCAGUCACUCCUCUUUAAAGAGGAAGAGGAGGAACUUUGCAUCACUAAGGAGGGAGAGUGUUUUCUAUUGCAGGAGGAAGUUGAUCCCACCAUGUUGCCACUAACAAUUGUCUAUGUGAAGACUGAAGAUGAUGAAGAGAAAGUACACAACCUGAUAGCUCCACUAUCAGAUAGCGAGGCUGAAGACAAGGAUGAAGGAACUUUGUGCGAUACAGACUGUGAAGAUGAUAUCAGGACUCACACUGACAACAAACACUCCCAAUGCAUUAAAAAGAAGACAUGUCAAAAUACUUCAAGCUGCAUAGUUUGUGGUAUGAUAUGUACCACAAAGAGCCGUUUGACUGAACACAUGAGAAAACACACAGGAGAAAAACCAUUCAAAUGUUCAGUUUGCUGCAAAAGCUUUUCUUAUAAUGGCAGUUUGGCUCACCACAUGAGAACGCACGCGGAAGAAAAAUUAUUUAAUUGUUCAGUUUGUGGUACAAACUUUUCUCACAAGAUCAGUUUGACUCAACACAUGAGAACACACACUGGAGAAAGACCAUUUAAUUGCUCAAUUUGCUGUAAAAGCUUUUCUGUUAGGAGCAAUUUGACUCAACACAUGAGAACACACACAGGAGAAAAAUUAUUCAACUGUCCGGUUUGUGGUAAAAGCUUUUCUCAAAAGAGCAGUGUUGCUGUACACAUGAAAACGCACUCUGGAGAAAGACCAUUUAGUUGCUCAGCUUGCGGUAAACACUUUUCUAAUCGACAGUGUUUAAGUAGACACGAAAUUAGACACACAGGAGAAAAACCAUUCAGCUGUUCAGUUUGCGGCAACAGCUUUACAGAAAGGAGAAAUUUGUUAAGGCACCUGAGAACACACCGUAGAAAACACAUCUAGUUGUUCCGUUUGUGGUAAAAGGUAUACCCAAAGUAACACGAUUUCCAAUCACAUGAGAACACACGCAGAGGACAAAAAAACAUUUAGAUGCACAAUUUAUAGCGUAGGCUUUUUCGAUUGACAAACUUUGACUCAACACAUAAUUAAACACCCUGUAGUAAACCCUUUAAGUAAUUAAGUUGGUAGUGCUAAGACAUACCUUAGGAAAUGUCACGAGAACACAGACAAGAGAAGAAACAUUGAGUUUGUUGGUAAAUAUAUACUCAUAAGACAGAUAAGUAAGACACAAAACAAGCACAAAGAAAAACAAUUCAUUUGCUCAGGUUGUGGAAAAACAUUUUAGCAGCGACCAGGUUCUGGAUCCUCAUUUGUUCCAAAGUAGUCAUCAAGUCUGCCUUGAUUAGUGGCAGCAAACACAGAACCCUCUCUCGAUGUGGGCUCUGUACCGAGGAUGUCGUUGUGGCUUGUGCAGCCCUUUGAGACACUUGUGAUUUAGGGCUAUAUAAAUAAACAUUGAUUGAUUGAUUGAUGCUAUUGUUGAAGUAGCUAUGAAAUCACUGCGUUCCAAGAGAUAAAUUGCUGACAGAAAAUACUAAAUAUUAUCAAAAGUCUGUAAUUAAAUGUUAUGAAUUUGUCUGUCACUAUUUGCAUAGAAAAUGUUAUUGGCAGUUUUAGACUAUGUUUGAAGGCUUUAUGGGUGGAAUAGACUACUCCCCAUUACCUGCAUUUUUAGCUGCCUCAUGCUAGUGGUUUUUGGCUAUUCAGAACGCACAGAAAAUGGAAAGACGCGUGUGCUUCUCCCACAUAUGAAUUGAGGAUGAUGUCAAAAUUACAAAAAAGUGUACAUUUACUUUAUCACUUUAAUAGCCUCCAGUGUCGUCUCACAUCACAGCAGUCAAGUUAGAGCUCAAACACAAAGACAAACAUGUUCAGCCUUCACAAUAAGAGCAGUGUACUAAGAAGACUGCAAGUCAAAGUAUUUAGUAAGUUUAUAAUUGUAUUAUUUAGAAGAAAUAAUAUAUGUAUAAUAAAACUGAUAGUUUAUUAUAAUACAGAUUGCUUUUGUUUUCUGAAAAAUACACGUGAAGGCGACUUGAAAAAUAAUCACAAUAUUAAGGAGGGGAAAAAAAUCACGAUUGGAAUAUUUUCCACAAUUGUUCAGCCCAAGUUUACAGAGGAGAAAAAACAUUUUAAAUGCUCAAUUGGUGGCAGAAGUUACUAAUGUAAGAAACGCACAACAGAGACUAAACGUCGUUUUUGUCCAUUUUGUGCUAAAAGAUUGUUAAAUGAUAGAAGUAUAAUGUCACAUGUGAGAAGUCAGCUAAAAAGUGAUGAUUGCUGUGUGUAUGAUACCAGAUUCCCUCAUGAGUUCGAGUGAUGCUAAGAACAGCAGUACUAGAUACAUUCUCAUUAUUGUUAUUGUUCAUCAUGGACUUUGUUCUUUACCAAAUGUUGGGCAACUGUAUUAAAGGUCGAGUGUGAGGUCUUUAUGUGGGAAAGUGUCAACCAUUUGAAUGUGAAGAUACUCUAUUUCUAAUUAUGAAUUUAAGUAAAAAUAAGUGAAAAUAUUCCAGAAAUUUCCCUAAACUUAACCAAAGAAGAUAAAACAAGAUAAUUUUAGCUGUAAUAAUAGUAAAAGUGGGGCCAGGCAGUGUACAUUAUAUACAAAUACUGUGAUAUUAGGUUUGCAAAUUUAUGUGAUAUAUACAGUAUAUUCAGAUUGUACAAAUAUUGUUAUACGGUUUACAGAUCACAUUUUAAACAGCAAGGUGCAAUUCAUGUGAUCAAAAAUGUAUCAGCAACCCAAGCAGUCUAUUUGAGAUGAGAUUCAAAUGUAUGUUGUAU